CACGUCCCGUAAAAGCCGUCUCAAGAGCGAUUCUGACCUCAGGGAAUCCAGGGACAUCACCAACGAUGGAUGCAGCAUUAAGCGAGCUUAUGCAGGGAACCGGUUAUUGUGAAGAUGGCGUUCCUGUGCCGGUAGCUCUCCAGAAUGGUCAGCAUCUGAAUGGACCACUUCCUGACCACGCUGAGGGACAGCACUUCCUGAAGGAAGCUUUUCAGAUUAUCCUGGAGGAGGCGCUGUGUCAGGGUACUGAUACCAAGGAGAAGGUUUGCGAAUGGAGGGAUCCAGAGGAGCUGCGGGCGAUCCUGGACCUAGAGCUGCGGGAUGGCGGGGAGUCACGUGACCAGCUGCUGCGGCGUGUGCGAGAUGUGGCCAAGUACAGCGUCAAGACCAGUCACCCACUGUUUUUCAACCAGCUGUUUGCAGGGGUGGAUUACCACGCCCUGGCGGGACGAUUCCUCACUGAAACGCUCAAUACCAGCCAGUACACGUACGAGGUGGCCCCGGUGUUUGUGCUGAUGGAGGAAGUGGUUCUGUCCCAGCUGCGCUCUCUGGUGGGCUGGGAGGCGGGAGACGGCAUCUUCUGCCCCGGCGGCUCCGUCUCCAACAUGUACGCCAUGAACCUGGCCCGCUACCGCGCCUUCCCCCAGGUCAAACUGCGGGGGCUGUGGGCCGUCCCACGCCUGGCUGUAUUCACUUCCCAAGAGGGCCACUACUCCAUCUGCAAAGCAGCUUCGUUUCAAGGCAUCGGGCUGGAGAACGUCUUCCUGGUGAACGUGGAUGAAAGAGGCCGCAUGAUUCCAGAUGACCUAGACCGGAAAAUUGAGCUUGCUAGAACGCAGGGGGCAGUGCCAUUUUUGGUCAGCGCCACAUCAGGCACAACCAUCCAGGGCUCCUUCGACCCACUGGACAGGAUAGCCAGUGUCUGUGAGAAGCACGGCCUGUGGAUGCAUGUGGAUGCAGCCUGGGGAGGCAGUGUGCUCUUAUCCAAGAAGCACAGACACCUGUUGAAUGGAAUUGAGAGGGCGGAUUCAGUGGCGUGGAACCCUCACAAGAUGCUUCUGACAGGACUGCAGUGUUCCGUCUUUCUGCUCAAGGACACCACGAACCUGCUGAAGCGGUGCCACUGUGCCAACGCGACCUACCUGUUCCAGCAGGACAAGUUCUACGAUGUGAGCCUGGACACGGGGGACAAGUCUGUGCAGUGUGGGCGGAAGGUGGACUGCCUCAAACUGUGGCUCAUGUGGAAAGCAGUAGGCACUCAGGGCCUGGAGGAGCGUGUGGACAAGGCUUUCGCCUACACCAGGUACCUUGUUGAAGAGAUGAAAAAGAGAGAAGGCUUUCGGUUGGUUAAUGAGCCACAGUUUGUGAACGUCUGUUUCUGGUUCAUACCCCCCAGUCUGAGAGGGAUGGAAGACAGUGAGGAUUACAGAGAGAAGCUGUCGAAGGUGGCGCCAAACAUAAAGGAGCGCAUGAUGCGAAAGGGCAGCAUGAUGGUUGGCUAUCAGCCACAGAAAGGGAGGGUCAACUUCUUCCGCAUGGUGGUCCUCUCCCCUCAGAUAUCCCAGGAGGAAAUGGACUUCUUCUUAGAUGAGAUUGAGAGGCUGGGUAGAGACCUGUAACUUAGCAACGUGGAAUCUGUCAUUCAAAGCCCACACUUGCCUUUCCAUGUCUCAACACAUUUUUUACCUUUAAUUCAGAUGGCCUUUUAAGUAUUUAGACCCAGUAGGAAGUAAACGUUAUCAUCUUAAUGCUUUUAAGGAUAUGUAGCAAGUAUAGUGUAGUGACUAAUUUGACUGUAUAGGUCAGGCCAAUAUUUUCUUUCAAAGAAAAAGAAAAUCUGAUUCCUUGAUUGCAUAUUGCUUCAAGUGCAUUUCCCUGAAUGUAGCUAGACCACUUAGGAAUACUCAAAGAUGCAAAUAAGCACCACAUAUUUUAGUUUACUCAUUGAUCAUUUGAUUGCGAAACACUGCUUCCCAAUUUACUGCAAUAUAAACCCUUUCCAUGCUCCAUUACUAUAUUGAAUUUUAGUGGCACGCAUACUACCUUUAAUGGGAUUAGGCAAAAAGAUUUAAUUUAUCUUGCACUACAGAACCACAGCAUCCACACAUCAAUGAUUCACAAUCAUUGAUAGCUCACAAUGGUAACGUUGGUAUAUUUUAUACAUUCUAAAAUGAAAGGGAUUUCAUUUUUGUCCGAGAAGAUAAUGAUUUCCAUAAUUUACUACAUCUAUUUACAGUGUGAUUGUUUACAUUGAUAUUAAAGAAAUAAGCUGAUUAGGUGGAAUAAUAAAUUGUUAUGGAAACAAAGUUUUACGUUCUAUAAUUAAUGUGUGUGAACAUCAACUUUAAUGCUCAUUUAAAUGUUAUUAGAUGAGGAAAAAACUCUUCCUUACUUUCUAAAUAUCUUUGUAGUGCCUGCAAUUGGCUACAUUCAUGUAUAUUUCUUUGAGCUGGUCUGGGUUCUGACUGUCCUCUUUGUCAUUUGUUAUAAUAGUGUACACAGUUUCAGACAGGUAUGGGGAAACAGGACACACUUAAAUAAUGGUUAGGUUUGUCUUUAAUUGAUUGACUAGGAAAUCUAAAUAUGUACAGGGUACAUAUUACAUAUAAUAUUGUGCACCACAUACUAUUGAUUUAAAAAUUGAAGUUCUUUAUAUGUGAUGUGGAACUUUGUACCAUCUAUCUUUGAUCACCACCAAGGUGUAGCACAAGAGACAAAUAAGCUUAAUUUAUGAAUAGUGAAUGCUGGGUGUAAUAUUGAGUUAUUCAAUCUGGCAAGGUAACUUCCCAAACAAAUGUCAAACCUACUUCAUGCAUACACAAAAGAAACCACCAUGUAGACCAGGGGUAGCGUCAUAUAAAAUGUUUCACAAAACGGACACACUGUGACAUUUGCAUUUUCGUCUGAAUAUUUUCUUGACGGCCUAAGAAUUAUGAAUGAACUAUUCCAAAAAAUGACUUGUUUAUUUUGUGAGCAAAAUUACUCACUUGUGACAGGUCUGGAAAAAUUCCAUUUCCUCCCAUUCAACAGCAUACCAAUUCCUCGGCUUAAUGUUGUAGUUUGCGUAGAUAGGAAAUCCAGAACUCGUCAUCAAACUGUGGUAGCACCCACCCGAGUGAUGCAUGGCAGGUCUCGUCCUCCAGAAUGAUCACCACUCAUCGGCUGUGAGAUGAGAUUGACUUGUUCAGCCAAAUAAGCAAGAGUUCUGGCUUGACUGAGAGAGCUCUUUGCAAUAUGUGACACAAAAUGGUGGACACUGUGAAUCAGGACCUCGUUUUAACAUCGUCAGAAUAAAGUCUUUGUGGCACAGUGUCCUUAACAA